AUGAGCAAGCUGUUGACGUACCUGCUGCUGAUACACUUUCAUCUCUCGUGCGGACUAGCACAAAGCGAGAUCGUCGACGAGGUUCCUACCAGCGGAUCUGUGAGACCGAACGAAACAAUAUGUUAUGUGUUCGUCCUGGACGAAGCAAGGACCAGGGAGGUAGUGUUCUGGCAGGAACCGAAGCUUUACAUCAGACUGGAACCGUGCCAGGGAGUUCCCCACACGAGGGUUUCGGUGAGUGGAUGUCCGAAUCAAGGGUCUGCUGUCAACUGGGACUUCCAGAGCAGCCUGAUGAGGAAUGACUUGAUGGUGCAAGGGUCUCCCGUCCCUCCUGCCUGGGAGUGGCCCGGGGAUACGGAGGCUCUAGACAUCGAGCUGUCAUACCGUCGAGUCUUUGUGGAGAUAUCUCAAUACUACAAACCCCUCAAGGUCGUUGCAGACUUGUUCGACUUGCAACAGGAGCUGCUUGCUAGAAAUUUCACGGCGGAUGCAGAUGUUGUUGCGUCAAUAGCCGAGGAGAAGAUUUCGUCACAAGGAGGGAUGAUGUUUCUGGACCCCAAUUUGACAGAAAUCCUGAAGAAGAUCCAGGCAAAGCUCAUGCCACCUGCAAACUACUUCCUUACAGUCACUGUGCAUGAUGCUGCAAAGUUGACAUCGCAAGAUAUUCAUCCCAUGUAUAAUUCCAAGAAUUUCGACAAGAACAUCACGUCCGAUCUCUGGAAGACUCCUCUUGUGCGUUUCACUGAUGCCGUACAGGCAAGAUUGUAUUACAUCGUGUUUUGGCCCCCGACUGGAUCCACUGUAAAGAAUCUCACAUCCUCGAAUGUGACAUCCAAUAUAUCACAAGAUCUCAGUAGUUUACGUAGAGACAACUCGCGGGUUGAUGUUUCGAGCACUCCAAGUGUAUCAAGUCAUCAGGUGGAGGCAACAGAUGCUGCUGUUACUGGCAGGCAAACAUUGACGAGGGGAGCAGCGGUACAUCCAGGCAGACUCGAAGAGGUCAGGAGUUUCAAUGAGAAGAUCACGGAGAGAUUGCGAGAGACUGACGAGCAAAUCAGAAGACUUCGAAACAAGAACAUCCCUGCUGUGAACAAGAAACUCGAUGAAACCACAAGUCCUCAGGAUUCCAUUCGAUCGAGUCGACGUUCAUUGAAUAUGACAGCGUUAGAGCGGGCAGCCAUUCCCAUCGUUCCAGAAGACAUUGUUUACAUGAUCUUCUUCCUGGACAUCACCACUGAAUUCAAAGCAAGAUGGGGCACAACGAUGGAUGCUGAGGGUCAAGUCAGGACUCGACUGAUAGACAACCCUUGCGGUAGCUCUCAGAAUGAUUUUCAGAGGUCAGGAGAGCUGACAUGUGGAGUGCUGCAGUGGAUCACGAGGUUGGAAUUUGACAAGCUUGACAUCAAUCGGAACGGAUACCUCUCAAAGGACGAGUAUGAGUUGCGCUACCCGAGCUAUCUGCCACUCAAGGACAACGGGCUGAAGGGGGACUACACUUUCGAGAGUGCUGCAGAAAACUCGUCAGAGUGGGGGAUAUCUAAGGCAACCUGGGAUGAACUUUACAGCGACGCCAACUCCGUAAUGCUGGCCUCGAUUAAAGAUCCCCUCGUCCGCAAUAUGUGGACAGUCUGCGGGGUGAGAAAGUUUGGGAUCCCUUUGGACCCCUUGGGGAUCGCAGUGGCAAACAAUAGCGCAGGGACUUGGCUGAGUACUCGUGAUCUUUCGCAGUUCGAAGAUGGAAGGCUGAGAUACCCUGUUGGAGGCCUCAACGACUCGGACAACAACGUGUACAUCCUGAAUGUCCUCGCAAGGAAUCUCAAGACGAUGGAGGAGUUUGUUUACAACCCUCAUGUGGUUCAGCGCAAAACUCCAGUCUACGUCGCUCCGCAGGUCAACGGGCCUCAAGUUGGGCUCAUAGUAGGCGUUGCGCUGACGUCAGCCGCCAUCGCGAUCUUUGUCGUCGCAGCCAUAGCAAUGCAGACCAGUAAGAAAAUGCGGCCGAGGCUUCGGAUCAGGACAGAGAAAGCCGGCGCAAGGAUCUGA